GCAGUCGCGGUGCGGGUGUAAAUACCUAGUAAAGGCGUCGAGUCAUCGCCGUCAUUUGACUCCCUUUCCCCUUUCUGCAUGUUUUCUCAACUUCCCCCCUCCCUAUCUCACUUACCUACCUCCUACCUACACCUAAGUACGUCCUACGGAUUCGCGAGUUCGGGAGCUAUUUAGGUACGAUCUCGCUGGCCGACAACACGCCUUAACCAUGCGUACGCGCUUAUACUGUUUCCGCACGUAAUCGUGCUCUCUCUCGAAAGAUCCCACGGGCCGCACCUCGGAGGUUGACAUCGUGCCAACAUGGGUGUCAACGGCCUAUGGACCGUCGUCCAACCCUGCGCGCGGCCCACGAACCUGGCCACUUUGAAUCGCAAGCGUCUCGCCGUCGAUGCAUCCAUCUGGAUCUACCAAUUCCUCAAGGCCGUUCGCGACAAGGAGGGAAAUGCCCUGCGGAAUUCUCACGUCGUCGGCUUCUUCCGCCGCAUCUGCAAGUUGCUGUGGUUCGGCGUCCGACCUGUCUUUGUCUUCGACGGAGGCGCCCCCGCCCUGAAACGCCAGACGAUCACGAAUCGAAAGCGUAGACGAGAAGGCAGGAGAGAAGAUGCCGCCCGCACCGCUGGUAAGCUGCUGGCCGUGCAGCUGCAGCGCAGGGUCGAAGAGGAAGGUAAGAAGCACCGUCGGAGAGUAGAGCGAGAGCAAGGAGGAAGCCCCGAGGUCGACGAGCCCGCCGAAGAGCCGCUCGAUCUCGAAAACCUCGUCUAUGUGGACGAGCUGGGCAUGAGCGAGAAGGAGCGCCAGAGGAACAGGAAGUUCUUCAAGCAGGACGCCUAUCACUUACCGGAUCUGGACGGCGGCAUCGAAGGCAUGGGUCGGCCCGAAGAUCCUCGCAUCAUGAGUAUCGAAGAGCUGGAAGAGUACGCGAGACAUUUUCAUCGCGGUGAAGACAUAAAUUUAUACGACUUCAGCAAGAUCGAUUUCGAGGGCGAGUUUUUCAAAAGUCUCCCGCCUGCCGAUAGAUACAAUAUUCUGAAUGCGGCCCGCAUACGGAGUCGAUUGAGGAUGGGCCUGAGUAAAGAGCAGCUAGACGGCAUGUUUCCCGACAGGAUGGCUUUCUCUCGGUUCCAGAUCGAAAGGGUGAGGGAGAGGAAUAAAUUGACCCAGAGACUCAUGCACGAAGUGGGAAUGACGGGCACGGAUCUAACUCUCGGGGCAAAUGGCGGCCGCAUUGCCGGCGAGAAGGACCGCGAAUAUAUUUUGGUGAAGAACGAGGGUGCGGAAGGCGGAUGGGCGCUCGGCGUCUUCAGCAAGGAGAGGGACAGAGGUGAGAUACACAAACCCAUUGAUGUGGACGCUUUAGACUUCCAGUACCAGACGAAAGAGGAGGAUGACGGAUGGGAAGACGACGAUGGUUUCGAGGACGUUCCUAUCGAAGGCUUAAAUAGGCUACCAAAAAUGCAGCCGGGGGGAAAGUCUCAACUCUCUGACGCCGUGUCAUGGAGCGGUCAGGGCGACGAACUUGCCGCUCUCCACGAAGACGAAGACUCGUUAUUUGUUGGAGGUAAUGCCGAUGGUAUCGACGACGUCUUCCAGUUUCGAGGCCAGGAUGAAAAUCUUCUUGCCGAUGAAGAGGAAGAGCUAAAUCGAGCGAUCGCCAUGUCCCUUGAGAAUCAAUUUGGUGUGGUUCCGUCGGGGCUAGGUGAUCAAGAGGCAGAGGAAGAGGGAGAAAACUUUGAAGACGUCCUUCCUCCCGAAUGGACCCAGAAAGCCGCCGAGCAAGCAAAACCGAUCACUUCUACUAGUGGGAGCAUGAUUGCCCACAUUGUGAACAAUAGAGCCAAUGCAGCUGUCCCGAAAGCUGCCCCGAGGCGACGAGACAGCAACGCAAGUAGCGACAGCGACUUUGAUCUACGAGCUGUCCUUUCAAAGAAAAAGCAGAACCAGGCCGCCCAGAAACGAGUCACGCCCGUGGUUCCUAACGUGAAGAAUCCGUUCGAUGGGCCAUUGCCCUUUCAAAAGUUAGACUGGUCAUCCAGCAUAUUCGCAAAUAAGGAAAAGCGUCCCCCUACGAAAAUUCCUGAGGAGGAGUUCGAGGAAGCGCGAGGGUCUGACGAUGAGCUCGCCGGCGGAUUUGUGCGAGAUGAGGAUGACGAGACCGAAGCCCCUCCCGAAGCCCCUCCCGAAGCCCCUCGUGAAGAGCCCCGUCCGCUGCCUCCGUGGCUAGUGCCAGAUGGCUCAGAUAUUCGCGAGUCCAUAAAAGCGCAGAGGGUAAUAGAAAGCCAAAUAAAUGAAGAUGACCGGGAGGCUGCUCUAGAGGAGGAAAGGAGAAGAUACGAAGACGAGAUCAUCGAGAUCGAGUCUUCUACCGACGAUGAAAGCGACGUCGAAAUUCUAGAGGCUCCUCCGGCGCAAACCUCGAAAGGAUAUAUCGACGCGGAAGAACCUCGAGAUUCUCCACGAGCAUUCCCUACUACCACCCUGAAGAAGAUCAGUUCACCAGUUAUCCGUGACAACAGUCGGACUGAGGCCACGCGCAGUUCAAGCAUAACACAGGAGCAGACGGCUGCUGACACGCAAAUCAUGGGAGACACCACACGCAAUUCAAAAUCCCCGUCCGGGCCGGCCUCACCGGACCCGAAUUUCGAAGAAGUCGAGGUUCUCCAACCCCCAGAAACUACCACCAGUGAACGUGUUUUGAACCAGGCGGACGCAUCCCCGGAGCCGACGUCUGAAAAUGUCGUCGAGGCCCCGCCAGAGGCCACCCAGCAAUCUAGUGCAUCGGAGACAGCAGCCAACGCCGAUAAUGAUGAUAUUUUUGGUGACGGCGAUUUUGACGAGGAUCUUAGCGAUCCCGAAGAGGAAGAACUGCUUGCCCAAAUGGCGGAGGAAGCUGAAGAGCACGCACGCUUUGCCAGUCAGCUGAACCACAAAUCCGAGAAGGAAAACCAGGAGGCCUAUGAGCGGGAGCUGAAAGCAUUGCGAUUGCAACAAAAGAAAGAUCGGAGAGAUGCAGAUGAGGUUACCCAGAUCAUGAUCACCGAAUGCCAAGCUCUAUUGCGCUACUUCGGCAUCCCCUACAUAACCGCGCCCAUGGAGGCUGAAGCCCAGUGUGCCGAGUUGGUGAGGCUUGGUCUCGUCGACGGUAUAGUGACAGACGACUCGGACACGUUCUUAUUUGGCGGUACGCGAGUGUACAAGAACAUGUUCAACAGCAACAAGUUCGUCGAAUGCUAUCUCGGCUCCGAUCUCGAGAAAGAACUCUCGCUUUCUCGAGAGCAGCUCGUCUCGCUAGCCCAACUCCUCGGAUCCGACUACACGGACGGCCUGCCAGGAGUUGGCCCCGUUACAGCAGUCGAAAUCCUAUCCGAGUUCCCUGGCAAGGAUGGGCUCGCAAAUUUUCGAGAGUGGUGGCAAGAUGUCCAGAUCCACGGCCGGCCUAAAGAGGCAGAUCAAGCCUCGGUCUUCCGAAGGAAAUUCCGCAAGUCACAAGGCACCAAACUAUUUCUGUCCCCUAGCUUUCCGAACCCGGCCGUAUACGACGCCUAUCUCCAUCCAGAGGUGGACAAGAGUCCGGAGCAGUUCCAGUGGGGUGUGCCCGACGUAGCCGGCCUCAGGCAAUUCCUGAUGAACACGAUCGGGUGGAGUGAGGAGCGCACGGACGAAGUUCUCGUUCCCGUGGUAAGGGACAUGAACCGUCGCGAGGUCGAAGGUACACAGAGCAACAUUACGCGAUUCUUCGAGGGUGGGGUCGGCGUCGGCGCGAAGGAGGCAUUUGCGCCUAGGCAGAGGGCUCAAGGGAGCAAGCGCAUGAAAGAGGCGGUCAACAAGCUUCGCGCAAAUGCGGCGAUCGGUAGCACGACCCUGGAAGAGGUGGCGCCGGCGGGCGGGAGCCUGGAGCCGGCGACCGGGCGACAGAAACGAAAAGCCAGGGAGACAGUCACAAUCGAUGACGACGAGGGAGACCACGACGACGAUAACGGCGAUGGAGAGUAUAUCAAUGAUGCCCCGGGUAGGAACAGGCGACAGAAUGGGAGCGGCGCUCGAAAAACGUUGAGCAAAGGCAAGGGCAAGGGCAAGGGCGGGAAAAGGGACAAGAGGGCCAAGACAUCCUCGUAGGGUCCAUACUUGACAUAAUGAUAAAUCACUUGAAGAUUGUGGUUCUUGGAAAGGGUCAAGAGGUCUUCUGUAGAGUGUCGUCAAUGCUGUGGUGCUGCCUACUUAGAAACAUCUGUCCCCGUCUUACCUUGCAGAGUAUUUGUGCAUAAUUAAGUUGUGGAUGGGAGAUAAUAUCAUCUAUCCACUGCGACACGAGCCAUCUUGGGCGUCUAGUCGGUGGCAAUAAUGAAUAUUCCCUUGAAGCUUUGCAGGCAUUUCUUUUUCUAUGUGGCACUGGACUUACUAGUUGAUAUGGUGUUUGUUAAGAAGGAAAGGGGGGAGGGAGCAUUGUCGUGUUCUUUGUGUAGAAGCGACCAAUUAAUUAUAUGCGGGAGAGUUUCCAUUCUGAAUCGCGGCAGGCUAGCAACU